AUGUUGCGGUUCUUAUACGGCCCGUCAAGCCGCCAAGCCUCGCGUCAUGCGUCAAAUAGCCCACCAACAGUCGCGACAUGGACCACCGAGCCCGAUGUUUCGCUCCUCGACGUGCCCCUUGAUGACGGCUUUGGAGUCUUGUCGGCGGCGUCUCUGUCCGCCCGGCGCGAGCAGUAUGUGCUGGUGACGGGCGGCCUCGGCUUCAUCGGGAGCCACACGGUCGUGGAACUCCUCAAGGCCGGAUACAAUGCCAUCAUUGUCGACGAUUUAAGCAACAGCUACCGCAGCGUGCUGGACGGGAUACUAGAAAUAGCUCGCCGCCACUACGACAACAGUCGCCAGGGCACACGUCGCUGCCCCAUGGUCGAGAUGCACCAGACGAGCUACCGCGACCUGCCGGCCAUGCAGUCCAUCCUGGAGCUGCACUCGUUCCCCAGCCCGACGGGCGAGAUUGUGCGCUCCAACAUUGUGGGCGUCAUCCACCUGGCCGCCUACAAGGCCGUCGAGGAGAGCAUACGCCAGCCGCUCCGGUACUACCAGAACAACAUCAACGGGCUGGUCGACUUCCUGGCGCUGCUGGACGAGUUUGGCGUCAAGACCUUCAUCUUCUCCUCCUCGGCCGCCGUCUACGGGUCGCUCUCGGCCGGGGGCCGGGCCCUCCGCGAGGAGAACUGCGUCCACCAGUACGAGCUGGCGCGGGAGGAGCCCGGCGCGGCGCCCUCGCCGCCGCAGUCGGGCUGCGCCAGCAUCACCAACCCCUACGGGCGCACAAAGUUCUUCGCCGAGGCCAUCCUGUCCGACGUGGUGACGUCGGACCCCUCGUGGAACGUUGUCGUGCCGCGCUACUUCAACCCCGUGGGCUGCGACGACUCGGGCCUGCUCGCCGACAACCCGCGCGGCGUGCCGUCCAACCUGGUCCCCGUCGUCACCCAGGUCAUGACGGGCCAGCGGGCCGGCCUCAAGAUCUACGGCGGCGACUGGGACACCCGGGACGGCACCGCCGUCCGCGACUUCAUCCACCGUGUGCAGUCGGCUCAACUUGCUUCGGGCCGCCGCUGCGUAAUGGAGGGCGCCUUCGGUUUAGUCGAGCAGAGUUCGUCGUGGGUGAAAUUCUGA